GGGAUUUCUCUCUUUCAUCAGGUCGAUGGGACGUUUAAUUACUUUAGUCUGAAAACAAACCCCCAGAGCAGGGCUUCAGAGAGCAGAGAUCUCAGUGUGUUGUUACACUUCCACUAAAACAGUCUUUAUCUCCCACAGCUAGAAACAAUGAAACUGCUGCUGCUAUCCUGUCUUCUCCUGACAGCUGGGCUGGUCACUGGGUACCGCAGUGCUCUGAAUGACUUCCAGCGCUCGGAGGGCAGAGAGCUGGUUCCCACACCCUGGAACUCAGCUCGAGUGCAGUUGUUACCAGGCCUGAACCUGGAGGACUGUGCCACACGCUGCUCCCAAUCACUGGACUGCAGAGCAUUCAACUAUGAGACACGUCCAACUGUCACCUGUAAACAUCUGCCCUGGGUGGGCGAUGGCAACAAUGCAGAGGUGAAGAGAAACGUUAACUGUGACCUUUAUGAGAAGAAAGUCUAUGUAAGAAAGUGCAUCGUGGGUAAAGGGGAGGACUACCGAGGGAAAGUCUUCACCACAAGGAGCGGACUCACCUGCCAGCAGUGGUGGUCCAAGUUUCCUCAUGAUCACAGGUGGAUUCCCACAGCCACUAAUGGCCUGGAGUUAAACUACUGCAGGAAUCCAGAUGGGGACAGGAUCGGUCCUUGGUGCUACACCACUGACCCAGAGCGACGCUACGAAAGCUGCAACAUUCCCCAGUGCAAAGAUGAGGUAUGUAUCACAUGUAACGGCGAGGAGUACAGAGGCCAGGUUGACCACACUGUGACUGGCAGAGAGUGUCAGAGAUGGGACCAGCAGUACCCUCACCAACACAUCUACCAGCCCGAAAAGUAUCCUGAUAAGAGUUUGGAUGAUAACUACUGCCGUAACCCUGAUGCCUCUCCAGUUCCCUGGUGUUACACCACAGACCCGGAGGUGGAGAGAGAGAGAUGCGAUAUCAGCAAAUGCACAGACCCACAUCACCCACAUUCAGCUUCCUCCUUCCCUUCAGCUGAGGUGCGUAUGGAGAAACGCCAGCGCUCCAGCUUCACCACCAACUGUUUCCGUGGCCGCGGGGAGGAUUACCGUGGUAAAGUCAAUGAGACAACAUCAGGUAUCCCCUGCCAGCCGUGGGAUGCCCAAGAACCUCACGAGCAUCCCUUCUACCCAAACACAUAUGAAUGCAAGGGUUUAGAAGAGAACUACUGUCGUAACCCAGAUGGAUCGGAGGCUCCCUGGUGCUUCACAUCUGUGCCAGAGAUGAGGACCGCUCUCUGCUUACAGAUCAAACGCUGUGCAGACGACAUCGAAGCUGAGGAUUGCUACCACGAAAAUGGAAAAAACUACAGAGGAAUGGUUCGCAAAACACGUAAAGGCAUCACCUGCCAGAAAUGGAACGUGAACACACCUCACCGCACCAGAAUAAACCAGAGGACACAUCCUGAGGCCAAUCUGACAGAGAACUAUUGUCGAAACCCAGAUGGGGACCAGCACGGACCCUGGUGCUACACCACUGACCCUAAAACUGAGUUUGACUACUGUGCCAUCAAACAGUGUGCUGGAGAGAAAGUGUCCAUGACUGAACCAGAAGAGAAGGUGGAGUUUAGUGAGUGUGGGAAGAGGGAUGACCGCGCCCAGAGGUCUUUUUUACGUAUCGUGAAUGGGGUACCUGGGAACUCGCCAUGGACAGUGAGCCUCAGAGACAGGAAAGGCAACCAUUUCUGUGGUGGAUCCCUGGUUAACCCCAGAUGGGUGAUCAGCACCAAGCAGUGUUUUUCCUCCUGCUAUGUGGACCUGCCCGGGUACUCGGCCAUGAUGGGAACACUGUUUCGUGAUCCACAAGAAGGAGACCCUGAUGUGCAAACCAUCCCUCUCACCAAGAUUGUCUGUGGACCCUCCGAGUCUCAGCUGGUCAUGUUGCAACUGGAAUACCCUGCCCAGUUUAAUGAGCGUGUCUCUCAGAUCUGCCUCCCACCUGAGCGGUACAUUGUAACCGAGGGGACGCCUUGUGAGAUCGCGGGAUGGGGCGAGACUAGAGGCACUGGAGAUGAGACUGUCCUCAACGUGGCCGAAAUACCAGUUCUUAGUAACAAGGAAUGCAACAAAUACUUCCGAGGUCGUGUCCGUGAGAAUGAGAUGUGCACCAGCUCUUUCCAGGGUGGUGUAGGCGCCUGUGAGAGAGACUACGGCGGCCCGUUGGCGUGUCAGAACAGGGACUGCUGGGUACUCGAGGGUGUGAUCAUCCCCAUGAGGCGCUGCGGACACGCUGGGCAGCCCAACAUCUUCAUCCGCGUGUCUGUCUACGUGGACUGGAUCAAGAAGGUUAUGGAGAUGGCUUAGAGACAAAUACUGCCAUCCAACAGGGACUGAUCAAAUCUGCUUUCAAUGCCCACUUUCAUUUGACCAUAUGCUUUUUUUUUCAUCUCAGGUGUUUCUUUUGCAAUAAAAAUAUUAACAAUA